UGUACAUUUAAUUAAUUUCCCUUUCUUUUUUUUUUUUCAGGCAUCGGUUUUUUUAUUCAUGCUGAUUUUGAACAAUAUGGUUGAUUUAAUCGUGUGCAGAAAUCAAAGGUAAGUUUGAAUAAUUUUAGUUUGGUACUAUCGGUAUGAGAAAUACGCUUAAAAAUGCAUAAGUCUAAAAAUAUUAAAUUAUUAGUUUCUCGGUUCGGAUUUAUGUAUUCCGUUUUUACGAAUUGGAAUAGCUAGCGUACAAGAAAAUAAAUCGUCAAAAUCAAAAUAAUCAUUGUACGUGAAAAAAAUGUUGCAAUGUCGGGGGGCCUAUCGUGUUUCGCCUGUUAUUUAUACGGCGUAAUUUACGUAUGUCAUUUCUAUUAUUAUUUUAUAAAACCAAUCAUCGCACGGCGGUUUAAUGUGUUGCGUAUAUAUUCCGUGAACAGGGGUGAUACAUAAUUGAUAAAGGACAAGAUUCAAAAUAUUCAACAAUUAUUUUUUUUUAGAACAAUAAUAAUGGUUUGAAUCGAAAUUUACUGUACCUAUUCGAUAAAUGCUCGCGAGUUUUUGUACAUUUUCACGAACGCUUAUAUGAUAAUUUUUCAAAAUUGUUAGACAUAUUAAUAUUGUUAGUGAAAGAACAACGAGCUGUUUUAUCGGAUCGUCCGGUAGAAAUGUUAUUGUUUUUACGCCGUUUAGGAGUUUUUAAACAAAAUUUUCCUUCUAACCUAACAUUACCAACUUAAGAACGAAUUUAAUGGUUUAAUUAAUGAAUAAAGGUUGUCAUUUUUUUUUUUUUAUUAGAACUGAUAUUAUUCCAUAAAUCGAUUUGUUAUGACAAAAUCUAUAAUACUAGUAUAAAACAUAUACAUAUUAAAAUAUAAAACUGAUACAAGUGUUAUGUUACAUAAUUUUUAUAGUUUUUGUUUGUGGAAGUAGUGGCAGUCCAAUGACUUUUUAAUAUGGGGAAAAGGGGGUAAUGACAAUUUUUAGGAACUAUAAUUAUUUACAUAAUUUUUUUUAUGACUAUAAAUAUGUAAUAUUAUAUAAUGUAUAUUUUAAAAAUUUGUAUUAACAAAUUGACGUAAUCGUGCUAAAAUAGAAAAAAAAAACUAUAUAAGCUAUACUGAGCGUUAAGUACAAUGACCAUUGUUUAAUUACUUAAAAUUAUAGUAAAUGUUAUGCUCAUUGCAACUACUAAAUAAAGUCAAUUAAUUUACCCAUUUUUUCCAUGAAAAUUACAGACAUUAAUACGAUAAUAUUUAUUACAUAAUUAUUAAUUGUUCCAAAGAAAUUUAAGUUAUUACAUCUAUUUAUGGUAGGUAAUGCAAACAAAAUUACAUUUUUGUAAACUUUAGAAAACUAUAGAAAGUUAACAAUUUAUCGUUAAAGUUAUCAUUUGUAAAAUUUGUAAAUUGCAUUUCAAAAUAAAUGUAUAAAAUAGCUAUCUUGGGUUUUGUAAAAAAAAAUUUAAAAAUUGCAUUAAAAACAUGUUCGUAGGACACUCAUUGUAUUAAUUUAAUAACCAUGCUAAGUAUUAACUUUUUGCGGAAUUUUAUAUUCUAGAAUAUUUAAGAAACAAUCUGCUCUACAAUUUUAUAUUUACGUUGUAUUUUGUCACCCUUAUUUUUGGGGGUUAAAACAACAAACUACUUUUAAUUUUCAAAUGGUAACCUAUAUUAAAAAUUCCAAUAUUUUAUUUCCGUUAAUCCGUUGACGAGAUAUUCCACUUUUAAGUUUGGAGUUUGGGUUGGAGGAGAGUAGUGGAGUGUCAUUUGGGUAGUGGUACGGGAGUGCGGAGUGUUAAUAAUGCACCAUUACAAACUUACUCUCCUCCAACCCAAACUUAAAAGUGGAAUGGGUUGACAGAAAUCAAAAAUGUCAACAAUUAAAUUUAUUUUAAAUAACACUCCGUCUAUUUAUGGAAUUUUUAAUAUCGGUUGCUAUUGAAAAUCAUAAGUAUGUAACGGUUUUACCCCCCAAAAAUAACAUAAAUAUAAAAUUGUAGAACAGCUUGUUUGUUAAAUGUUUUAGAAAACAAAUUACGAAAAAGUUAAUACUUUCCGAGAUAAUGAGUGUACUCACUUAAAUAGAUGACCCGGUACGCUGGGUACGUCUGCUGCGGGUAAAAUAACAUUUUAUUUUCAAAAAACUAUACAAACAUUGUCCGUUUAAUAUAGAAUAAAAAUAUUCGUCCCGGAGCGCAUUAACCACGUGCACCAUCACCACGUCAAAAAAGUGCCCGUUUACAUAGUGACCAAAGAGAAACCGAGAGUGAUGCACGCGUUGCCCAUCGAAGAUGACGAAUUCGACGGCGCAUUGCCACGCGGAAAGUCACAGAGGACGCGUCCGGAAUUAUAUGACGACUCGCCGAUCCGGGCGAUUUACAACGGAGAUGAUGAUGGCUCUCAUAGCCACGUGCACGAGAGCUUGUACACCGACGACCUACACGCGACCGUUCGACCGCAGCUACAAAAUAUCAACGUCGAAAAACGUCCGAAAAUCCCGUACGUGUUGAAACACUCCGGCGACCCGGCUGUAGUCACAAGCCACAGUAAUAAUAAUUAUUUAGCGCAACGUGCCGCGGCCAAACAUCACAGUAGAUUAACGUUUUAUAAAUAAUAAUGUAUGCAUAGAAUACAACACGAAAAUCUGACACUUGAAAUAACUAUUUUAUUCUGUUCGAUAUUUUUUUUCAUAUUUAUAUUGUACAUUCUUU